AUGGAAGUUCUUUGCGUCUGUGGACAAUGGAGGUCAAAAGAUGCAUUUCAGUGGGAGUUUCAUGUCGAUUUGAACAGGAAUGCAUCUUUCAUUUCCAUAGAAGAAGAUCUUCAAUUUGAAGAUUUGAUGAAGAUUGUCUCUGAAGAUUUUAAAGAGGAAGUGAUUGGUUUGAGUUAUGGGAUGUCGCUUGACAUCAAAAGCACUGUUGAAGGUUUCCCUCCCAUCUCCGUUGCAAACACUCGCCAUCUCAGAAGCUUUAUUGGGAAGAGUAGAUCAUUUGAUGGAACCUGUCGGUUGUGUGUUAAGGUUAAUGCUGAUUCAGCUAGCUGUAACAAUCAAGCUUCUGAUACAUUUGCUUCGCCUGUUUCUACUGUCAAGAGAGAAAUACAGGUUCAUACUGAUCCAACAAGCUGUAACAGGGAAACUAGUGAUACAUUUGCUUCUCAUGUUCCAUUGAAUGCCAUUCCAGUGUUUUGUUCUACUGUGCAGAGAGAAAAACAGUGUCUUCUUUACGAAGGUGUUUCUACAGUUCCUCUGAAUUCUCUUCCGGAUUUUAGUCCUGUCCAUAUUGGACUUUCACCAACAACGAGAAGAGCUGGUGAUAUUAAGGUGAAUAGAUAUUUUAAGACCAAGGGAGAGUUGAUGUUGAGGAUGAAGAAAUGGGCUUUAGAGUGGAAGUUUGAGUACAAGACUGUCUCUUCUAACAAGUCAAGAGUGUUAUUGAGUUGUGUUGAUGACAAUUGCACGUGUAGGAUGUGUGCUACUAAGCUACCUCUUUCAGACUUUUUCGUUGUUAAAAAGUAUGUUCAUGAGCAUACAUGCGAUACAACACACAUGAAUGCCAACCACAGACAAGCAUCUGCAAAGUUGUUGGGUUCUUUGAUUUGCAGCAAUUAUGGAGAAAAGAAGGAAGGUCUCAAACCGAAACAGAUCAUUAAACAGGUCAGGAUUCUGCAUGGCUUUCACAUCAAUUACAAACAAGCUUGGAGAGUGAAAGAAGAAGCUCAGUUUUUGGUUAGAGGGACUCCUGAAGACAGCUAUUACAAUUUGUCUAGGUGGUUGUACAAAGUCACAAAGGCAAACCCUGGUUCGUUAACUUAUCAACAAGUGGAUGCUGCUGGAAAGUUCAAGUAUGCAUUUUUGGCUUUUGGUCCAUCGAUAAGGGGAUUCUCAUUGAUGAGGAAAGUUAUUGCAGUAGAUGGUAUAUUUCUGAAGGGAAAAUUCAAUGGGACUUUAUUGGCAGCUUGUGCUCAAGAUGGGGAUUAUCAUCUAUAUCCUCUGGCCUUUGCAGUGGUUGACGCAGAAAAUGGCGCCUCUUGGAAAUGGUUCUUUAGAGGUUUGAGCCAGAUGAUCCUGGACGCUUCGGAUCUUGUUUUUGUAUCAGACAGGGCUAUCUCCAUUGCUUCAGCGCUGGAGGAUGUUUAUCCCUUAUCUCACCAUGGAAUCUGCAGGAUCCAUCUGCUCCGCAACAUCACUCCUACAUAUUCAAAGACUGGUCUGCUUCCUCUGGUGGAAAGCGCUGCUGAUGCUUACACGUGUCACGAGUUCUGGUUAAUCUUCAAGGACAUAAAGGAUAAAUGUCCUGAAUUGGCCAAGUAUCUGGAAGAUUCGGAUUUUAGGAAGUGGGCACGAUGCUUUGCGCCUGCGAACAGGUACAAUAUCAUGACUACCAACAUUGCUGAGUCUCUCAAUUCUAUGUUGAAGCUGCCUCGUGAGUUGCCACUGAUCUCUCUCCUUGAGACGAUCAGAUUGACACUCACCACUUGGUUUUUUGAGCGACGCGAAGCGGCUGCGAAACAUAAGCACCUGGUUACUCCAAAAGUUGUGCAGAAGUUGGUAUCCAGGUUUGGGGCUGCAAUGGUGCUGAAUGUGUAUCAAGUUGAUCAAAACGAGUUUGAGGUGAAGGAUGAAACUAUGAAGUAUGUUGUUGAUUUGGAGAAACGGCAUUGCACUUGUAAUGUUUCCGACAUUGACAAGAUUCCCUGCAUUCAUGCAAUUGCCGCUGCUAAGUAUAUUAAGAGAGAUGAAAACCGUUACGUCGAUACAUCUCACUUGACAGAAACGUGGGCUAAAGCCUAUGCCGAAAGCAUACACCCUGGUGGAGAGUUGUCAACGUCCACCUAUCCAGCGAAUAUUGACGAACUGUCUUGCCAACCUCCAGCUACCAAAAAGAGAAGUGGACGUCCUCCUACAAAGAGAAAGAGAUCCGUUGGCGAGUUUGGUGUUCCUGGAUCUAAAUCUCAGUCCCACAAGUGCAGCAGAUGUGGCAUAGGAGGACACAACAAGAUCACAUGCAAGAGGCCUAUAGGAUGA